AUGCCACUGAACAUUAUUGGGACGGCGAUCUUCGAGGGGACAGACAGCAUCCCGUACUUCCACACGAUCAAGAAAGUGGCACCGUAUGUGCUUGCCUCGGUGCUGGUCAAGUACUGGUCGCGGGGUCCGAGCAAUACGUGGGAGCGGAAGCUGCACGGGAAGGUGUACCUUGUGACUGGUGCCACGUCGCAGGGGAUGGGCACUUCUGUGGUGCACCAGAUGGCGCGGCUUGGUGCGCAGUUGAUCUUUCUAACGAGGGAGAUCGACGAGUGGUCUAUUGAGUGGCUGGAAGGGUUUAAAGAGGAGACGGAUAACGAGCUGGUGUAUUUUGAGAAAUGUGACCUGGCAGACUUGUACCAAGUGAGAAAGUUCGCGACCAAAUGGCUGGAUAACUCGCCCCCAAGGAGGCUUGACGGUGUGAUUGUGAUGUCCGGAGACAUGGAGCCCCUCGGGGUGCCCAAGUUUGCCCCACCUGUGAGAAAGCUCUCCGCGGACGGGCUGGAGUUGCAAAUGGCUACGAACUUUGCCGGGGUGUUCCACCUGUUGGACUUGUUGCAACCGAGUUUUAAGGCGCAACCGCCGGACAGGGACGUACGAAUCAUUGUGUCGACUUGCUGGCUGCAGGUGUUGGGAGAUAUCCGCGUGGAGGACCCCUUGUGGCAGAAGGGUGCUUACAAGAGCGCGCUCAAGUUCUUCUCCAGUAGUAAACUGCAACUGGCGCUGUGUAUGUUGGAAUUGCAGAGGCGGAUCAACACUGGGAUCAGCGAGAAUGCGGAGGAGAAGAAGAUCGAGAGGAGUGGGAAGAACGUGAAAGUGUGUGUUGUACAACCGGGCACGAUGCGGUCGCAGAGUCUACGGCGUGUGCUGAGCAACGGGUCCGUGUUCCUCCUGCUGACACUGUACUGUGUGUUGCUGUAUCCCUUCCUUUGGUUGUUCACUAAGAGUGGUCGUCGUGGUGCGCAGAGCGUGCUUUACGCGCUGAACACACCGGAGUUGGAGGAGGUGAAUUUGAAGGACGAUCGGGCCAAGUACGUUGUGGACUGUUCGAUAGUGAAGUUUGCACGUAAGGAGUUUGAGGAUCCCGAGUUGCAGAAGCAGUUGUACGAGAACACGAGCAGGGAUAUAUUAGCAUUGGAGAAGAAGAUGGCGAAGAAACGGAAGAGUGCCGGUGUCAAGCGGUGA